UGCUUUGUCAGCUGAAUGCAUUUUAGCAGCAGUAACAUUCCAGCCAGCCCAUCUUGCAUUUGGUCACGGAACCAGGUGCACUGUCAUCCUAAUUAUACUGUCACCAAAAUGCUGGCUCAUGUUUCAGGUGACACUCAUUUAACAUAAUGAAACUACUCUGAGGUGAAAGCAGCUGCAGAAGCAGGACCUUGGAUGCAAACCUUGAAACAAAGACAGGAUAUUUGCAGAAAUGCACAGCAGGACAAUGGUACCAUGCCAGCAGUAAGAUACUGAGCCAAGAACCGAAAUAAGGAUGAAGAAUGUUCUCUCUUGGUCCAGCAGAACACAAUUAAGCAAAUCACAUUCUUCAAGCAAGCAUUGUUGUGUCUGUUUGCAGAUGAGGCUGGUGAGGGGCCUGGAGCACAAGUCUGAUGAGGAGCAGCUGAGGGAACUGGGGCUGUUUAGCCUGGAGAAAAGGAGGCUGAGGGGAGACCUUAUCGCUGUCUGCAACUACCUGAAAGGAGCUUGUAGCAUGGACGGUGUUGGUCUCUCCUCCCAAGUAACAAGCAACAGGAUAAGAGGCAAUGGCCUCAAAUUGCACCAUGUAAGGUUCGGAUUGGAUAUUAGGAAACGUUUCUUCACAGAAGGGCUUGUCAAGCAAUAGAACAGGCUGCACAGGGAAGUCCUGGAAUCACCAUCCCUAGAGGUGUUUAAAAGAUGUGUGGAUGAGGCUCAUAGGGACAUGAUUUAGUGCCAGAGUUAGGUUAUGGCUGGACUCAAUGAUCUUAAUGGUCUCUUCCAACCAAAAUGAUUCUAUGAUUCUAUAUUUGGAGCCAGCUGCACUCACUCAGUGGUUAGAAAAGCUGUACACAGAGGAUGCAAGAGCAGAGGGCUUGAUGUCUGGAACUGUUGUGACUUAAGUUGCAGCACAGGUCUCCCCAUCAACUGUAUGCAAGAAAGAAGUCAGAAAAGUCAGGCUUGGCUUGCUCCUGCCCUUCAUCUUCUGUAGUCACCUGCAAAGUAGUCACCUAUAGUACCCAAAGCUGUUUUAAAUGUUACCUGAGCAGAUGACAAUAGUUGUCAUAGGGCGAGAGGUCUAAUGGCCCGGUAUCAUUGUCUUAGGAGCCUUGUUUUUUCCAAGAAUUUUAAGUACUGCAAAGAUGCAAAAUUACAGCACCUAAAAGCCAAGAAGUGCCAUUUAUUACCUGAAACUACUAGUUUAUAGAGAAUCAGAAGCACUGCCAAAAAACUACAGCCAUAGCACAUGAGAAAAAAAAAAAAAGAGUGUCUUCCCCACAAGAAAGAUAACAGAGUUCAUCUGAUUCAUACCACACACUGUUUGGUGACACCUGGGUUUCUAAGGCAUGCUGUUAGCGGUAUUUAACCCCACUCCUCACGGGAGAUCAAGAAGCAUCGUCUGUCAGGUGUCCUCAGGAUGUGCCAAAAGCAUUUCUGCACCUUAUGGUGGGCGCCAGAUUUCUCCCCUCUCAGAGACCAGCUCUCUAGCCUCCCACACCUGCAUUCUGCGCCCCGCAGAAGAUGGCUGCUCCCGGCUGGGACCCCUGAGAGGGUAAAGGGAACCUGGACAGCGGGACCACCCAGUCACCGUCCCGGCUCCGCCACGACUGCGGGGCUCCCGGGGCUGCGGGACCGCUACCUGCGGCUGCUGGGGGAGCCCGUUUCUGCCGCUCCCCGCCUGCCCGGGCGGCCGGGGUAGGUAGGUUGGUCAGGCAGCCUCGGCCCCGCUCUAUGCCGGGGUUCGCUGGCGGCCCAGGUGUCCUUGAUGAGCCGGCCGCGGCUGCAGCCCGCGCUGGGUUCGCCGCCGGACGGGACAUUAACCCGGCCGGGUCGGACGCGUCGCCGCCGAGCCGGCAUGGACGGGGCGGGCGAGGAGGAGAAGCGGGCGCCCGAAGCGCCGGAUGCUGAUGCUGUCGGUGGGCAUGGUACAGGGAGCAGUGUGUUGUCUGCAUUCCGAAGCACAGCUUUGGUGGAGGAAGAUGGAAGAUAUUGCACCCUGCAGGCAACUGGGUCAACUUCGCAAGGCUCAGCGGCCCUUGACAGCCAGCUUGACCUUGCUUCUGUGUGUGGGAGGCUGCCAAAUUUCCUCGGUGAUGUGAAGGCUGUGCUCCCACUUUCUGGCGUUGAAUUUGCACAGGAAUCCACGAGUCAGUCAGGGUUACAUGAACAGUGUGAGAGUUGUUACUCUGAUGGGAUUGAAAAGGCGGCACAGAAGAAAAAAAGUAAUGGCAGAAGUGGAAUGUGUGCUGAGAAAGCAUCUAGUGGAGUCCCUGGGGACCUCUCUAGACAACAUGUCUUUGGCCCAGGUAUUCACAGAUCAUCUCAAUGUACUUCAGCCAACACUGCAGCUCAGCAGUCCUACAAGGUGUCUUCUGUCCUGGAAUCUGGAAUUAGCCAUGAUGGGGCCAAGGGAAGAAAAGAAUUACUUGAGAAUCCAGAAAUUCUACCAUCGGUUAGGAAGAAGUCGCGCACCUUGUAUAGUGCAGAGCAGCUAGAAGAGUUGGAGAAGAUGUUCCAAGAAGACCACUACCCUGACAAUGAGAAGAGGAAGGAGAUUGCUGCCGUGGUUGGUGUAACACCACAGCGUAUCAUGGUCUGGUUUCAGAAUCGCAGGGCAAAGUGGCGAAAAUCAGAGAAGCUGGGUGUGAAAGUCAACAAAAAAUGUCCAACAUCAUCAGCUCUGUCAGUCCCUUUUGGAUCAGAUGAUUAUGGGGCACCUCUUCUGCCCAUGCCUCCAUUGCCUGGCAUGGCUCAUGACCAGUCUUCCAUGUUGAGUGUAGACACUACAGCUGGGAACUACUCCCGCCUGCUCAGUGGACAUCCUGCACCACUUGCCUCCUCCUCAGUAUCUUCAGCAGCAGGAAUGGUGGCAUCUUCUGAAGCAGUUCCAACAAAGGUGUUGCCACAGCUCAACUUCAGUUCCAGCACCACGGAGUGCUUUCCUAGUCUUCCCAGCCCUCCACCCAUCCGCAGAACCAGUCUUUCUCUCAAACUGUCCUUCAGCCCCCAGAAUCAUAUUGUUCCCUUGAUGCUGGACACUCCCAACAGUGAAUGCAGCUUGUCCAGCCAGGAGAAUGGCUCCAGGGAGGCCUUCGCUUACAGCAUCCAGAAUCAAAGUUUGAGUUCACCAGUUUCCUGCAAUUACCCUGAGCACCUGGAGUCGGCAGGCAACCUGGAGACCAUGUACUGUCAGUACAGUAGCCAGGGUGGAAUUUACCAGCUGCCCCAAUAUCCCCAGCAGCACCAGCUCUCCCAGUUCUACCAUCUCCCAGGUCACCUGGCCAGCAAUGUGCCCUCCAGUGUCCCCUUCUCUCCUCCACCACCUACUGAACCCCAUACAGCUUUCCCCGCCUUACCUAGUAACAGUGGAGUUGUAACCUAUGGGGCAGCCGGACCCACACAAGGCUACAUACAAAACCACAUGGGGGAUCAGCUCUUGUUACAGCAGCCAAGUGGAAACUCGGCAGGCACCACUGCCUAUCAAGCUGUCCCCUGGAAUGAUUUCUACGUGCAAGGAUCUCCGUUCUCCAAUCAGUUGCACUCACGAAUGCCAUUUUCUAGCACAGCAGGAGGACAGUACUUCACAGAGCAGGUUUCCUACACUCAGCCACCUUGCCUGCCUUCCUCUCCGUAUUUGCCUCAAGUACCCAAUGGAACAACGCUGGCAUCUGCGCCACACACUGGAAAACAAAAGGAAGUCACACCACCAGACCAGAGUUCAUACCAGAACCUCCAAACGGAGCCAGAGUUGACAUCACCUGCCAAAAGACAGGAAGUAGAAAGUAGCAGCAAGAAAGGAGAGACUGGUGUUGAUGUUAAAGAAGAAACUAAUGACUAAUGCUGCACUUUGAGAAAAAAAGCAAAGGAAGAGGAAACAUUAUUGUUUUAAGCUCUGCAAAAUAAGAAGAGAGAAAAAGAGAUGAGUGUAAUAAUACUCGCCACAGAAGCACUUUUUUGUUUCUUUUUUUUUGGUUUGUAUUUUUUUCUUGUUGCCAUUAUUAUUUUCCCACUGAGGAAAGAAGCAAGGAAAUUUCAAUCAAUAAAAACUUUCUGGUCUGUGG